CUCUCCUUUCACGAUGGCAUCGUCUCGGUCAGCAUCAUGAGUUGGCACAUACAGAACUUCAGAACAGGAGAUGAAUGACGGCAGUGAUGAUGGCGUCGCCCAAGCUGCUGCACUCCGCAGUGAAGGCGAGUAUCACGCAGCUAAGAAGAAGAAACAGAAGAAAGAUGCCCAGACCGGCUUUACAGCUGCUACUUCGCGUGCCAUAAUGUCAAGAAUGCUUACAUUCUACUUUCGAGCUCCGAUCAAGGCUUUUUUCAGACCGCGUAUAGACUAUAUGGGAUAUGCAAGAGCCAUCAAUCCAAGCGUCGUUGCUGGCGAAGCAUGGUCCUGGAGAAUGACCUCGCCUGCUUUGCUCUGGAGUGCUGUUCGACAGCAUGGCUGGAGCUUUCUUCCAAAUCAUGUCCUGCCGCCUUUGAUAGCAAAUACUGCUGUUGGCGCGGUGCUAUAUACGUCCUACUUGCAUACACUGGGUCAACUACACGAACCGUCGUCCCGCUCGACCAAACAUGUAUAUCCACCUCCUUCUUGGGCGACAGCAUUCUCCGCCGGCUGUGUUGCAGGCUCUUUCCAAUCCGUGCUUGCAGCGCCCCUCGAUGCUUUACAAGUCCGCUUCCAGUCGUCAGAAAUGCUAGCUGGAAAGUAUGACAACAUGUGGCAGUACGCCUUGCGCAAGACACGAGAGAUUGGGCCACGAGGCAUCUAUGCGGGCUGGACUCUGUCAUUCGUUCGUGAUGCGCUUGGUGCUGGAGUGUUCUUUGCAACAUUUGAGUCUAUCAAGUCGCAAUGCUUUUAUGGCUUCGUAUCGCGAUACUACGGCUCCUGGUCGAAAUUGUCUGACAGGCAGCGAGAAUCCAUAUCAACGCAGCAGCUGUCCAGCUCAGAUCGGCCAGUCAUUCGUCCACAUUAUUUGGUCGAACCAAUGUUCUUGGGUAUAGCUGGCGUUGUUGCAUCCGUUGCGCAGUCACUUGUUCACCAUCCUCUGGCGCGCAUUCAAGAAAUCCACUAUGGCAGAUUAGAAUGGAUCGAUAGCCAUGACCAUGCAAAACCCGGACAGCCCAAGAUGCGCGCACUCAAGCUAUAUGCAGCGGCGUAUCGGAAGACUUUCAGGCAUGUCUUAGCCGUGGCACGGCGACACGGCGGUGUUCAACGCUGGCUGUACCGAGACUUCUUCAUGUCCACACUGCGACAGGUUCCUAGCACAAGUAUGGGACUCAUUGUCUUUGAGGUGUUGCGACGUAAGUAUGGCAGUGACGAUGACGCCAUAACGAUUCCGAAGGAUGGCUACGAUAUACUAUUGGUAUGAUCACUCUGACAACAUAAUUCUCUCCUCUGAAAGAUACUCCACUCUGCGAGCAACGAAGACUGCUCUUUGAGUCGCUGUGCACAGUUAUCGGUGGCGUGAAAGGGGCAUCUUCAAAAGACCUUCAACACAUGAAUGCUGGGAAGUUUGCAGACUGGUUACGUCUGAGAUCGGUCUUGCGGCAUUUGGACGCAUGAUCUGUCGUCUGUCAAUUCCGGACUGCGGCAAUAGCUACCAUUCUGGAACAAGAGUCUCCAGUGGAAGCACCUGUCACCUUGCAAUUCGGAGUAGACGAUAUCAAGCUGAGAGCACUGGCUGGAAUUAUCUACGGAACGCCUGACUACUGGAUCGAAAGGUGCCGUAGAGCAUAGUGAAGCUGACCAGAUUUAACAAGCCGACUCCUUGUUCAAGACAUC